AUGGCAGAUGCUUGGAAGUUCCGCUCUCGAAUGCCCACCACCUCCAUCGCUCAAAUACAAAUUCCUCCCAAUCCACUCCGACGCAUCAGCAAACGUAAGCGUGCCACCCGCGUAACAACUAGCGAUGGAUGCAAAGAAUCCAACAUCAUCAACGAGCUGCGAAAGAAAUAUGAAAUCGACAUCGAACACCCUCCUUGCUAUCCUCCCCAGUUCAUUCUUCCUCAACCACCUAUCCCCCGCCCAGAAUCUGACAAAUUGAAUAGCAAAACAAGACUUGAGAUGGAAAGAAGACAGUUCGCGCCAUUGACUGCUGAUUGGGUUUGGAGAGUCUUGACAGAAAUGUACAAAGUGGAUGAGAAAAUAUGGGGGAAAUGGGCAGUUGAUUUGGAUGGUAUGAAAUUGGCGAAAGGUGAUUGGAGGUAUCUUUUGAAGGCUCACUAUCUUUCAUGGGAAGAGACCGGUGCAAUGGAAGAUCACGAGCUUGGCCAUAUCACGAACACUAUUGCCGAUUUGUAUGUUUACAUGGCUUGCGACUACAGGAACAGAGCAAUAGCAAGAACACUCAGAAGUGGCGAUCUAGCUGGUGACACACCAACCAAACAAAAUGUCAGCUCCAUAAUGAUUGAUUCUGACAAGUUGUAUUGGGAUCAAGAUAAAGGCCGCCUGGUGAGGCAAGGAGUGGAUGAAAAUGGGGAGCCUAUUCGUCGGCUCGUCGAGCAAGACUUUCCCAAAGCUUGGGAAAAGACCAUGAAGGCAUUGGCACAGUAUGAUGAUGAAACAUUUGCGAAUCUUGACUAUAUUGUGAUUCCACACGAAUUCAACGCCUUCCAUACACAAUGCAUAGGAAUAGCACCAAAGCAAAGGUUUGUCUUCCACAUCGACAACUCCGGUCUGUCGGAACCCAAAUUUGAAAGUACGUUAGACGAUGAAAAGUACGGAGCUUACUAUCAUUCGUUUUUUCAAAUGUCUUUAAUUGAAGCUAUCAUAUACACAAGAUUCGAUAAAGGAGAAGUUGACACCGCCGAGUGGCCAUUGUACGGGCAGUGGUCCUACCGCACCGAUCAUGCACAGCCCGACAAUAGAACGACAGACAACAGUCCCAAUGCAACUCGACAGAAUGAUACCUACAACUGCGCUGUGAAUACCAUGGCCAGUGCCGUGAACUUGAUAUUUGGAUAUGAUAUGGCUUGCUAUGCAUCUGGAAAAGAUCUUUCCCCCGUCCCUGGAACAACAGGAAAGAGAAUAAGAGUCGCGGCUGAAUUUUUAAAUGGGGGGUUCAACUACCCAUUUAAUUAUCCAUUGUUCAAAAUCCCAACAAAUUUACAAGAGAUCAUUAUUGAUGAAACUUACAAGCAAAAUAUUCGACCUCCUCCGGCCCUGAGGCCACGGAAAGAUCAGGAUGGAAAUUUCAUAGACGAAUUUGAUGAUGAAGACACAGAGGAUGAAGCGGACCCAGAAACAGAAGAGGAGGAAGAAGAGAAAGAUCCCCGAGCAGAAUCUCGAACAAAGGUCAAAAAAUCCACUAAAUUCAAAAAGGUCAAAUGGCAUGGCCAGCCCGCUCUGGAUUGGGAUCCUGGAGAGCCACAUCCGUCAGGACCAGGAUCUACAGACAACGAUUUACCAAUACGAACUCUUUGGCCUGCUCAAAUGGAUCCUACUAGAACAGGGAAAUGUGGCAUUAUAUACCCGAUCACAAACCCGCGCUUCUCGGGUCCAAUGUACGAUGAUGUAUUUGAGUGCAAGAGGGCAGCCAUAUUCCUUGAAAUGAAGGGAUGGGAACUGUGGGAGAAAAUGCCAUUAUUUUUGUUCAAGCGUUGGAUGGAGAAUGUAAUGGCAGGUAGAGAGCAUGAAGAGAUGUCCCCAUGGGUGGAAGUGCUCAAGCUUGAUGGACCUGUUUUCUCCGAGACAAAAUACUGA